AUUUUUUAUAGUAAUUAUGAAAUAUUUCGACCACGUUAUAUCUCAGGUUAAAAUUCGAUUCACCGGCAACACAAACAUGUUUCAAAUGUCACUUUCUGUAUGAACAACAACCACAUAAAUGUUGAGAACGUAAUCUAGGUCCAUAAAAGAGGCCCUAACCGAUCAGAAGACGGUCUGUCGGUAAUGCUCACCAAAUAAUUACAGUCGAUAAAAAAAUCUGACAGUUCAGAAUCGCCGCGCUUAAAGAGCAGACGACGUCACUGAUGAAUAACCUGAAAUGAUCAGGAAUUUAAUGAGGUGAACAAUUGUCUUUUAAUUGAUAUAGUGGCCCUAGAUGAAUUGAUAUAUUUUACCUGGAAUAUAAGAAAUGUAGUAUGAAAAAUUGACAGCUACGCAUGUGGAACACGUGACAUUUCAAGAUCAUGACGAGGUUCGAUCUGCUUUCCUGGGGUGCAAAUUCUCACCACCAACUUGGGCAGAGUGUAGAAUCGGAGCAAUGUGUGAGCCCAGUGGCGGUAAAUUUAAACGCCGUACUUGGAUUGAUAGAGAGCGAAAUUGAAAUAAAGAAAGUGACUGGUGGAGCUGGGCAUUCUUUGAUUUUAGACGUAAAUGGGAAUGUAUAUUCGUGUGGCUGGAAUGCUAAGGGGCAGACAGGAAUACCAGGGAGUCAAAGUUAUCUCUCGGAAUUCGAACUGAUCGAUAAACUCAAAGAUGUUGUGAUUGUCGACGUCGCUUGCGGCUGGGAUAGUUCAAUGGCAAUUGAUAACAAGGGAAACUUGUACGUAUGGGGAUCGAAUGCUUAUGGACAAUUGGGAGUGAGGAGUUCCAAAAUUGGAAAUAAGGCUGUUAUAGAAUCGCCGGAAAAAAUCGAUCUUCAAGAUUUCGAAUCAGAACCGAUUAAAAAAGUAUCAAUGGGCCUCCGUCAUUCUGCCGUAGUUACAAUAAGUGGUAAACUACUCGUUGCAGGCAACGGUAAUAAGUGUCAAUUGGGAGUUAUUGACUCCUCAAACAAACCAGUGAGAAAAAUACACACUUUCACUCAAGUGCACGAUUUAUCUGGGAUAAAAUCUGUCGCUUGUGGUCAACAUCAUACAUUGGUUCAAACGAAUCAGGGGAAUUUGUACGCAUGGGGAGACAACAGACAUGGUCAGUUGGGGUUUGAUCCAAUUGCAUAUCCGAGUAUUGCAAGUCCUUCGAAAUUGGAAAAUAUCAACAUUGGAUUGAAUGGAGAAAUUUUUACGGGUUGGACGCACUCCGCCGCGCUGCAUGAUGGAAAAAUUAUCGCCUGGGGCAGAAACACCUACGGGCAGUUAGGACGCGCGGAAUUAAACAAAUUUCAAAGAAACUGGAUACCGGAACUGGUGAAAAAUAAAGAAUGCCAUUUUAUCCAACUCGCUGUUGGCUCAGAGCAUAACGUUGCUCUUACAGAAAAUGGAUCUGUAAUUACUUGGGGCUGGAACGAGCACGGGAAUUGCGGCAACGGAACCGAAGAAGAUGUCCGAUUACCGGUGCCAAUUGAAAUGCCAAAACUUGGAAGGGUACAGCUCGUAGGAACUGGAGCCGGGCAUUCAUUUGCCGUUGUUAAAUACCGAGAAGAUCAAGAAAAUAGAUAAACAUAAGAAUAAUGAUUCAUCGAUGAAGUUUGAAAUUAUGUAUAUUUUUCGUGUAAAUAAAACUCAACACAUUAUUAUUACGAUGAUCA